AAUACUGGAUUCAAGGCAGAAUGGCGCAAUUAUCAUCCGAUGAGCUUUCACAAAGCAUGCAGUAUGCUCUUAAAGAGGUUGCUGACUUAACGAAAGAGAUAGGACACAUGAGUAUGAAUAUCGUGACUAAAUUACACAGACCACCGAUUGACACAAGUGAGCAAGUCAUACUUCUUAUGAACGAAACUUUGACUGUUUUCAUAACCAUAGGCCGAAAAGUUAUAAGAGUACAAGAGAUAAUGAAGACAAACUUACAGUGUUAUUCUAGUAUGCUGGAAACACGGGAACCAGAUGGAACGGCUAAAAACUUUUCGAUCAGAGAUGAACCGCAGUCCACCCAUAACAAGUCGUUGAGCGCAGUAGCGCCUUUUUCGGUGAAGUUGCCAACUAAACCACAAGCAAAAAUGUCUGCACAACCCCCAUUAUUCACCUUGAGUUCACCGAAGCAUGCUUCACCAAAGACACCUAUUCAGCUUUCAUCGUUGCCGCCCCGCCUGCCGGUAAAUUACGACAAAGUCAUUGUGAGGGAAGACAUAAAAACCGAUGACGUACAGCACACACCUUUCAAUGGUAAAGAUUUGGAUUCGGCAUCAUUUAGUUCCUCUUUGUCAUCUAGAAUGGGGUCAACAAUUUUGAAUCCACCUGGUUUAGACUUAGAAAGACAACUAACGGUACAAACACAGGAUGUUGUCGAUUUUCAGGCAUCGGAGCCCAAUGCAGAAGACGAUUCAUACUUAAUGGAAUGGAUGGCUCAACAACAUUAUACUGAAGGUGCAGAUGAGGCCGAUUUUUACAAAUGGUUGACGCAAGUGCUUUGUGACGAAUUUGUGGCAUGUAUGAAACGUGGAUUGCAACUUGUGGAUUUUUUUAAGCAAUCACAAUGUGAGCCUGUCGGGGGAAUGGGCCUGAUACCAUUCUGUGCCUUGACACGUCUACAAGCAUGUAUUGAAGAGCUUGCCAAUUUCGAAGUGAUGCAUGGAAAUAUAGCAGUGACGACAUUUGGAAGUCAACCUAAGGUCGCCCUCCACCUAACGAAUGACUACACACAAGCUAGGAAUGUAAUUGAUUCGCUUGUUGCUGAAGGUCCGAGUACGCUCUAUCGUGGUCUAUCGAUGGCUAUUGCGGCUUGCAUUGCUAAUUAUGCAAACGUUGUGGUCAAUGAUGUCCGCUUGAUGGCUCGGGUCAUAGUGUUGACCGAUGGGAAGUUUUCCGCUGAGGAUGCAAAGGACGAAAACUAUGAGUUGGAUCAGAGAAAUGCCAUUCUGGUCCCAUUUGCAGCAAACUUGUUGAAAUUGAAUGGAAUUGUUUGUUACUGUGUACACAUAGGCGAACCAGCAGAUUCGGUAUGUCCAGAAACAGUUAAGUGA